CGAGCCUGAGAAACAAUUGAAACGACGGAGAUUUUAUUUUUAAAGCAAAUAAUGCGCGAAAACAAUAUAUUUUUGCAGAGAAGUUGUGAGAUUCGCGUGAAGACGAGCGAGUGACAAGCCGUCAGCCACCCCAACAAUGAAAUCCUUCAAGAGAGCUCUCGGUUCUCAGUUCCCUGACACGUCAGACAGCGACCCCCAUGAGGACGAUGUGUCCGAAGACUUCUCACCGAACGAGUCUGGGGCAUCGGCCAAGCGCCGGCGCCGUGGAAACCUCCCAAAAGAGGCUGUGGAGGUGCUGCGCAGCUGGCUCUAUGAACACCGCUUCAACGCCUACCCGUCUGAGCAGGAGAAACGUAGUCUGUCAGGCCAGACGCGCCUAACUGUGCUACAGAUCUGCAACUGGUUCAUCAAUGCCCGAAGAAGGCUGCUACCGGACUUGCUGCGAAAAGAUGCCAAGGACUCCAAUGAUGUCACCAUCUCCCAGCGACCAGGAAAGGCUGACAGGCUUACACUAGGAGGUGAUGGAGGAGUUCAAGCUCUGGACAAUACACCUCUCGCUCUGUCUGUCCUGCGCCCCCCUGUCAUCCAGCCAGCCCCAAUGCUGGACCUGAGUUUGCUAGGGAGCACUGCUGCAGCCAUCCUGUCUGGGGCAGGCUGCGUGGCCAUCUCUCCUAGCCUCACUCAGGUGGACACAGAAAGCCUACAGGAGGGAGCGAGCGAGCCCGGCGGCAGGAGCGAGACCCACGACACCAGUGCAUCCACUAUGGUGAGCACCACGCAGGACUUCAGUGACCUGCUGUUGCUGGUGGACGCAGCGCUGCAGCGUGCUAGAGAGCUGGAGGUUCAGCAGGGUGUCUGUGAGAGUCCACGGGAUGAGCAGAGAGCUGCAGGAGAGCCAGGCUCUUCCUAGACAUGCCCUGCCUCCGCCUCCACCAAAGAAGAAGUCUUUGUAGGAUACGACAGCCAGCAGUCCAAGGUCCAUGGAAUGUUUCUGUAGUGUCCUGGCGACCGACGGAAAUGUCUCGCAGAGGGAGGGAACCAAGGGCUUUUUCUAUGGGCAGCGUGUCUUUGAGCCUGGUGUAUGAGGUGUGCUAUGGUGUGUGUCAAGAGCUUUCUGACCACAUGGAGGCAACAAAUUUUCCUUUGCACAAUGCAAGAAGCAGUUGACUGAAAGCAGGACUGGCUGAGGAUUGACACUCUACAGAAGAGGCAUUUUUAGGGUGGAGCAUCUUCUCUGGAUCGAUUCCCUUCCGGACUCAGGCGUGGCUCGUGACAGUGGAGCCAUUUUUCCCAAAGUGUUAGGACUGAAACUGUGACAAACUCGACAGCUGACGUGAAUGCGUUAUAGGUGUUCUGUAGCUGGAUC